UACUUUGGCUUGAUUAGUGAGAAUGGAAAGAGGAAAAGAAAAUGAAGGACAAACAAAAGGGGAAGAUAACAAAUCAUUGGUGCCAUCCCGCGAUGUACUUCAUUGGAAGGACCUUGUCAAUCUUCAAUAUUUCAUAUAUGAGUUAGAUUCGAGGCGUGUUCACAACUGUCUAAUUGAAGAGUUGACAUUGGAGCUGACGUGUGUGUCCGCAUUUUGUCAUCUUUAUUACACUUUCUUUUUGGAAAGCUGUAAUGACGAAAUGUCAAAUGAGAUUCAUGAUUUGGUUCAGUCACUGUGUCAUCCAAGUGGGGUAGACAUGCAGCUGGUUAAUGAAAAGCUUUGUGACCUCUUGGUGAAAAUCAGAAGUUAUAUUAGCUCACAUAUAUAUGCUGAACCAAGUCGUGUAACAGCCAUGACCGAGGAUCGUUUCAUUGAACUUUUAAAUGCCAUCCUCGAGUAUUUCAAAUGUCUAAUCUGGUGUUGUUAUGAAUCAAUGUUCCCAUCAAUGACUCAAUAUAAUCUUCUUCAGAAUGUAAUUUACAAUUUAAGAGAUUUCCUUGAGUUGAAAGUAAUUGGUUGUGUUGAGUAUGAAACAAUCGAAUAUGUCUUACCUCAUCUUCAACUUAUGGCUCUGAGAAUAGUAAACUUCUGUUUUACUCUUUUGGAUUGUCUACUUGAAGAUUCAGAUAAAUCAGAUGUCUCUCUAGUUGACCCCAAGCUAGCUAAUCUACUUGUGGAGGUUAUUCCUGUUGAACUGGAGGUUAUGCUCAUAUGUUGUACAAAUUUGAAAGGUUCAAAGUCGGAAGAAGUUGAGCAGCUCGUAGAAGCCUUUCCGGACAUUCUUAGAGAAACUCUGAUUCAUCUACAAGAGCACAUGGUUAAUGUUCUUACUCCUAGCGCUUCUACGUGUAACAUUCAUGUCAUGAUAGAGUUCCUAUUGAUUAUUCUUACUGAUGUGCUCAAGGACGUUAUUCGUCAUGACAAAUUGUUUGUUCUCUUGGCACGUGUUAUAGAACUUACCAAGGAGGUAUUCGUUCUUGUUCGCAACAUAGAAGAGAAUAUGAAUGAAGCAAGUGAUGCAAACCUAAACUUGAUGGAAAAUAUUGAACUCCUCAAGGAAGAUCUCAAGAAUGAUUUCUUAAAAGCCCGUGCAGACUCGUCACAGCUCCGCUUCCCCAUGAGUGAUGGACCGCUCUUCAUGACUCUUCUACUCAUAAACUUAAAUGACUUGGUCAAUUCCAAUGCUUAUUCAGUUUCUUUGAUAAAAGAAGAAAUCGGGCAGGUGAAAAAAGACCUGGAAAUCAUAAGAUCGUUCUUCGGGUAUGUUGAGCAAACGUUUCAUAGAGAUCUUUGGACUCGUGUUCUAGAUGUGGCAUAUGAGGCGGAACAUGCCAUAAACUCAAUUCUUGCCCGAGAUCAUGGUUUAUUGCAGCUUAUCUUCAUACUUCCUGAUACCGUAGAAAAGAUCAAGCUUGUCAAAACAGAGGUACAAGAGAAGAUCCCCAGAAGAGGUGCAAAUGCUCCCAACAAGCCGAUUGAAAGAAACUCAUCAAUUACAGUUGGUAAAAUAAUCGUAGGUUUUGAGGAGGAGACAGAGUGGAUAAUUAGGAAACUCACCAGCGGACCAGCUGAGAUAGAUGUCAUUUCCAUAGUCGGCAUGCCAGGGAUUGGAAAAACUACUUUGGCUUACAGAGUGUAUAAUCAUAAGUCGAUUGUUGAUCACUUCGAUGUUUGUGCUUGGUGCACAGUCGACCAGGAACGUAAUGAGAAAAAAUUGUUGCAGAAAAUUUUCAAUCAAGUUAUUGGUUUGAAAGAACAAUUCAAUGAGGAUCAUCACAUAGAUGAUGACGUUGCUGAUAAGCUGCGGAAACAACUAUUUGGAAAACGGUACCUUAUUGUCUUGGAUGACAUGUGGGAUGCUGCAACAUUGGAUGAGCUAACAAGACCUUUUCCUGAAUUACGGAAAGGAAGCAGAGUGAUUUUAACAAGUCGAAAAAAGGAAGUGGCUUUGCAUGGAAAAUGCCACAGUGAUCCUCUUUAUCUUCAAUUGCUAAGAUCAGAAGAAAGUUGGGAGUUAUUAGAGAAAAGGGUAUUCGGAGAAGAACGUUGCCCUGAUGAACUAAAGGAUGUUGGAGAAAAGAUAGCUCGAAAGUGUGAUGGGCUUCCUUUAGUACUUGAUCUAAUCGGUGGAGUCAUUUCACGGAAGGAAAAGAAAGAGGCUUUGUGGCUUGAAGUUCUGAAUAAUUUGAGUUCCUUUAUUUUUAAGGAUGAAGAGGAAGUGGUGAAGGUUAUACAAUUAAGUUAUGACCAUUUGUCGGAUCACGUAAAGCCGUGUUUUGUUUGCCUUGCACGUUAUCCAAAGGACAAAAAUAUAAGGAUCUCUGAGUUGAAAGAUUUGUGGAUUUCUCAAGGAUUUGUGCAUCAGAUUGAGAUGAGAAGUGCAGAAGAAGUAGUGGAUGAGUUAAUUUCAAGUAGCUUGGUAAUACCUUUCGAUAAUUCUAUUUGCAAAAUUCAUGAUCUUGUGCAUGACUUUUGUUAUAUAAAAUCUAGAAAGGAAAAGUUGUUUCACUUCAUAGGAUGUUUAAAUGCUUCGUCUUCUUCUGGUAUGAUGGCACGAGGAAUUACCAUUCGUUGUGAAAAUCUUUUGCGGUUUAAUCGAAAAAAGGAGAAUCCUAUUGUGCUGCUUAAUCGAGAAAAGGAGAAUCCUUAUGUUAAACACCUCCUCACUCUGAAGGUGAUUUAUGGGCUUGGGCAUUGUCAUCACCACAAGAGUCACCUAAAACACUUGAGGCUUCUCAAAAGUUUGGAUUUGAAGGGCAUAACAUUGACAGAUUCUUUGCUAAAUGAAAUUGGUAUGCUCAUUCAUUUGAAGUACUUAAUCAUUCAAACUCAGGCUAACACUCUCCCUCCGUCAUUUUCAAACCUCUGCAAUCUAGAAACUCUGGUGGUCAAAAACCGGGAGGGAUCAUGCAUGAUAUUAUCUCCUUGGUUUUGGAGUCUUGCAAAGCUACGAGAUGUGCGGAUGGAGUAUGGUGCUGUCUUUUGUCCGUACAUCAACGAACCAACUGUGUUAGAUGAGGAUUUAAGGUUAGAAAAUUUGAGAACAUUAUAUGAGCUCUACCUUCCCGGUUUAGAAGACACGGAGGAUAUUAUUUUCAAAAGGUUUACUAAUCUUCAAAACCUUAGAGUCUGUAUCGAACAACCAGAAGAUUGUUCAGCAGAGAAGAUUUGUUUUCCAAGAUUGGAUGUCCUUAACGAACUUGAACAACUCCGUUUAUAUUCUUUUUGGGAUUCCUACAAUGAAUAUACACACGGCUUCCCUUCGAGCUUGAAGAAAAUGAAGUUGCUAGGGCUUGCUCUGACAUACGAUACACUUUCAAGAAUUGCUAGACUACCCAACCUUCAAGAACUAAUUCUAAAAUGCACAAUCAUCAAUGAGGGGAAAGAAUGGAACAUGGAAGAUGUCACCUUCCAGAAUCUCAAAUAUCUAAAAUUGUAUAGGGUGGAAUUUUCUGAAUGGCAGGUUGAUGCAGAGAAAUCCUUUCCCGUGCUCAAGAAACUAGACAUACGUGAAUGUUGUAAGCUUAUGGAGAUCCCAGACAGUUUUGGAGAUAUUGCGUCAUUAGAGCUUAUCAAAGUAUGGCACAGCCCUCAGCUUAAAGUGUCGAUCUUCAAUAUUAAGGAAUAUGUUGAAGUAAUGACUGGAGAAGACAAGCUUAAGUUACACAUCUUUGGUUGA